CCCGCGAUCGCGUCCGGCGCGGAGUGCGGGGCACUUCUCACUGCCCGCCCCGGCCGUGGGCGCUGCCGGCGCGGACACACGUUCCAACCCGGUGCAGCUUGAAGCGCGUUACGCAGCCUGCUUAAAGUGACAGCGUCAUGGGGCCUAGCGGGGCCGGCGCCGGCGCCGGGCAGUGACACUGGCCAGGCGGCAGGGAGCACUGCGGCCCGCUGGGUGAGCCGGCCCGGGCUCCGCCUGGGUCACCCCGCGGCUGGGGGCCUGUGCAGGCCUGGGCCAGGCACACCAGGCUCCCGCACCGUGGCUGAUGCCUCCAUCCCUGUGGGGAGCCAGCUGCCGACCACCGGCCUUCUUGCAGGUGGGGGCUCCGAGGCCUUCCGAGCACCCAGAGUCACAGGGCCAACGUGGUCAGGACCCCCCGGCCGAUCCAGCAGCCCCUGCAGUGAGGUAGAGGGCUGUGCCCAGCUGUGGCUGGUGAAGGACAAUGGGCAUUCACCAGGUGACGUUUGCUGGUGAUGUCCUGGUAAUUUGAGCCCGUAGUCCAGAGGGAGCAGUGGCCUCACACAACUGCUGGUAGAGGAGCAGGUACACUUCUUAGUGAGUACCCGCCUUCCUGCACCAGCACCAUGGCUCCUCACUUCCCGCGCACAAGCAGGGAGACCCAAGAGCUGCGUCGGGUCCUGCUGAUUGCCCUGCGUGACUCUCGCCGUAGGAUACGGUACAUCACACAUGGGCUGCUGACCCUGACACGGCAGCGGGAAGCCCUGGAACGUGUCCUUUUGCCAAUGCGUACUGAGCCGUGUGUCCUGCCUCUGCACCCCUGCCCGCCAAGCAUCCAUGACUGUGUGUCCAGAUUCCUCCUGGAGGAUGACGAUGAGGCCCUGCUAGAUGCCAUGAAUGCCGGGGUGCUCUGGGACCACCUCCACACUGUUGAGCGCAAGGUCUGGGCACACCCCAGCAGCACUGACUGGUGGGAGCGGGUUGUCCUUGGCACCUGGGAUGACGAACUGUGGCUCCAGACCUUCCGCAUGCGACGGGACACCUUCAUGGACAUUGCCGCCCAAGUGGCCCCCCACAUUGCACGCCAGGACAUUGUCAUGCGGCCAACCCUCAGUCCAGAGAAGCGGGUGGCCAUUGCUGUAUUGAAGCUGGCCACUCCUGGCAGUCUCCGCUACAUUGCCAACCAGUUCGGUGUCGGCAGGUCCACAGCUGGAGAGGCUGUCCGGGAGGUUUGCCUGGUCAUCCAGGAUGUCCUGGCGAAUCGCUUCAUCCGCCUCAUCAACCCACAGGAAGUGGUAGCUGGCUUCCGAUGCAUUGGCUUCCCUAACUGUGUAGGGGCCAUGGACAGUACCCACAUCCCAAUUGUCUGCCCACCCCAGGGUGGUCAGGCAUUCAUCAACCGCAAGGGCUACUACUCGGUCAUCCUGCAAGGCGUCGUUGACCAUCGAGGCCGUUUCACCCACAUCUAUGCCGGCUGGGCAGGCAGUGCCCACGAUGCCCGUGUCUUCCGAAACUCCCCUCUCCCCAACCUGAUGGAGAGUGGGCGCUAUGCCUCCGGGCUCCCUGAUUGUGUCAUUGGCGAUGUUGUCAUCCCCCCCCUCAUCAUCGGUAACCCAGCUUACCCCUUCCUGCCCUGGCUGAUGAAGCCUUAUGAGGGCCAGCUGGACCGUCGGAAGGAGCAUUUCAACCAAUGCCUGAGCAGGUGCCGUAUGGCGGUCGAGUCCGCCUUUUGCCGCCUCAAGGCACGUUGGCGGGCUCUCAGCGCGCGCCUCGAGGUGGACAAAGAGAACCUGCCACGACUCAUCAGUGCCGCAUGUGUCCUACACAACAUCUGUGAGACCAGAGGGGAGGUAUUCCUGGAAUCCUGGGCAGAGGAGGCACAGCGCGCUGACCGGGCAUGUCAGCGUGAGCGCACACGGCGCAGGGAUACAGAUGAGGGUGAGCCCUCCGCCACUGUUGGGGGCUCUGGCACUGCACAACAGCAGGCUGGCCCUAUCCGUGAAGCCCUGGCUGACUACCUAGUCACCCUUGCAGACCGGGGAGCCGAGGAGUAGAGGCAGCAUGCUCUUUCUGCCCAUUUAUUCGCAACAGGCUGUGCUUCAUCCCCUGAGCCACAAAGCAGGAUUUGCUGGAAUGGGGUGCGAUGAUGACACAAACCUUGUUUUAUGCUUUUGUAUUUGUAAAAAAUGUGUUAUUAAUAAAGAGAACCUGCAGAACA